AUAUGUACUUAUAAAUAAUAUACUUUUAUUUUUUUUUUUUUUUGAAAUAUCCAAAGGAAAUCUAGAUGCUCUUUAUAAAACCAUUAAACAUUUUUAAGUCUAACAUUAUCUAAUUAAUCACAAUGUGUGGAAUAUUUUGUUCUGUCUCUAAAGGAUCAAAGGCUUGUAGCGAAUAUAAUAAUUGUCGGCCAGCACUACAAAAAAGAGGACCUGACAUUAAUUCACUUCAUGAAACUAUUAUUAAUGGAUACAUAACACAAUUCUCUGGUAAUACAUUAUGGAUUCAAGGAGAAUUUCCAACUAAACAACCAUUUAUAGAUGUUAAUGGCAACAUUCUUUUAUGGAAUGGUGACGUUUACAAAUGGAAAUUACCAAUGAAUACCUGUAUAAAAGAUAGUGAUACAAAAAUUAUAUCUGAUUUUUUGAGUAAUGGAGGUAACUUUGAAUUACUUAUCUCUUCUAUUCAAGGACCUUACUCAAUUAUAUAUUAUGACAAUAGUCAAAAAAUAUUAUGGGCUGGCAGAGAUCCAAUAGGUCGAAUCAGUUUAUUGUGGAACUUAGAAAAAGAAAAAAUUAUUAUCACUUCUGUUGGAUGUAAAGAUGUAGAAAAUUUAGAAGAAGUUCCAGCUAUUGGCUUGUUUAAAUUUGAUUUAAAAUCAAAUAAUCUUAAACCUCAACUUUUAAAAUGGACCCAUUCAACUUUAGAAUGUGAAUUUAGUAUUACUAAUGAAUUGGAAUACUUUAAACCUGUUAAUUCUCAGAAAACUAUUCUAGAAAAUUCUAUAUUAUAUAAAACCACUCAUUUGAAUAUGUCCGACUUGUUGUUAGACCCUGGGUAUAAUUUAAAUGUCAGUAAAUUAAUCCAUUUCUUAUCACAAUCAAUUGAAAAAAGAAGCACUAUAAUUCCAAAAGCGUGUAAACUAUGUAAUUUUAAAUGUGAUCAUGCCAAAGUAGCUAUUUUAUUUUCGGGUGGUAUAGAUUCAACAGUAUUAGCUUUUUUGGCAUCAAAAUAUGUUGAACCAGAUGAACCUAUCGAUUUGUUAAAUGUUUCAUUUGAAAAACUAUCAGAUUUAAAUAACUAUAAUGGUCCUGACAGACAAACAUGUUAUGAUACAUUAGAAGAAUUAAAAAUACUUUGUCCUAAACGGUGUUGGAAUCUAGUUGAAAUUAAUGUUCCAUUCAAUGAUCUGAAACAAAAACGUUUAGAUGUAAUCAGACAUCUUAUUUAUCCACUGAAAACAGUAUUAGAUGACAGCCUUGGUUGUUCUCUAUGGUUUGCAUCACAAGGAAUUGGAAUCUGUAAUGGAAAAUCAUAUAAAACACCCGCCCGCGUACUAUUAUCUGGAAUGGGAGCAGAUGAACUUUUAGGAGGUUAUACCAGAUAUCGAAGAAUCCUUCAAAGACAAGGUUGGGAAAAAUUAGGUGAAGAAUUUAAUAAUGAUUUUUUUAAAUUACCGUCUCGUAAUCUUGGUCGUGAUAAUCGUGUAUGUUGUGACCAUGGUAGACAAUUACGAUUACCAUUUUUAGAUGAAGACUUGGUUGAAUUUGUCAGAGAUCUAAUGCCAUGGGAAAGGUGUUGGCCUAAAGAACCUUACUCUAAUAGUUUUGGAGAAAAAUUAUUAUUAAGACUAGCAGCUUAUAAAAUUGGACUUAUUAAAACAGCAUUUUUAACUAAAAGAGCAAUGCAAUUUGGUUCAAGAAUUGCAAAUAAAAAAGAGAAUGGUAAUGAUUUAAGUGAUAGAUUGUAAAUUAA